AUGCGGACCACCAGGUCAAAUGGUGUUGUAGACUCUCUCGCCAUGGAUGUCGCUUUGCAACAACAACGCCUGAUGUCACCAACACGUGAAAAUCGGGACAAUCAAACUGGCCCGCGUGUAGAUGAGGUCGUGGAGAUGACACUAGUCGAAGGCAAAGACAUUACGGUUGACA